AUGGGCUGCUGCUGCCUCGUGAACGAACCCCAAUCAAUCAGAGUGCUCGGGUCCAACAAGUUAUCGGGCGAUCUUCCUUCCAUUAUCACCCAGCUCACAGACCUUAAGAAACUGGAUCUGAGUUUCAACCAGAUAUCAGGGCCACUGCCCACCAUCCUUAGCCUUGCCACUUCUCUCUCCCACCUCGACCUCAGCGGCAACAUAUUCACGGGAUCGCUGCCUUUGGGCUACAGCCGCCUCUUCCAGCUCUCCACCCUGUCAGUUUGCAGUAGCAUGGUCUACCCUUCCACGCUCGUCGCUCCCAACCACUGCCAUCACACCUUGCCGCUCUCACCCCUCACCAUCGCACCGCACCCCUCCCCUUUCAGGGGUCUGUCGUCCAACAUUCUCUCGGGCUCCAUCCCAGAGCCUCUUAUCGCCGCCCUAACCAACACGCCCCACCUGGACUUGAGUCACAACCAACUGUCUGGAUCCAUGCCCUCCUCCCUCUCCCUCCUCACCAAACUCACCAGCCUCUGCUGCACCCGCCCCUCUCCCCUACUAUUACAACGAGCAAGGUCCCACACACAGAUCCGAACAGCCAAACCCCCCGACUGUCCAUCCUUCACCCUCCCAUACACCAACUCUUCUUCUCCGUUUCGUCCUCUUCCCCUCCAAUAUCACUCUCUCCUCGCCCCCUCCCACACACCAUCCCCUCUUCUCCAUUUCUUCCACAGAGACCUGGGCUUCAACCGUCUGUCAGGCACGCUCGUUUCAACCAUCAGCACUCUCACGGCCCUGAAGGCGCUGUAUGCUCUUCCCUCACUGCACUCCCUUCGCUGCACUCCCUUCAAUGCACUUCCUUCAUUGAACUCCACGCACUGCAUUCCCUUCGCUGCCUUGCAUGCUAUCAGUUGCACGCUGAGAACAUUCGUCGCACCAUGUCCCGUGCUGAACGAUAGUGUGUCCGUCUUCAUGCAUCAUGCCUCUUCUCACGUCCCCCCCUCCAUAUCACGACCCUGUUGCCCCUCGUUCUGUUGCCUCUUCCCUCUGUCUUGCCCCUCCAUCUCUCCGUCCCUGCCUCUCUGUCUCCCUGUCUCCCUGUCUCCCUGUCUCCCUGUCUCCCUGUCUCCCUGCCCCCCUGUCUCCCUGUCCUUCUGUCUCUCUGCCUCUCCGCUUCUCUCGCCAGAUCUCUGUCCAGCAAUGCUUUCACGGGUUCUGGACCUGAGCUACAACCAGCUAACGGGGGCCAUGCCUGCAGAGCUCACAGCUUUAGAUGCCAUCACCAACCUCAACCUGCGCAACAACCAGCUGACGGGCCCUGUACUGCAGCCCAUCCCACAAACAAUCACCUCCUACAAUCUUGAUCUCAACUAUUUCUCCUCAGGCUUCUCCUCCCCACCUGACUGCUCCCAAGGCUCCAUCUCCUUUCGCUUCAACUGCCUCCAAACCCCCAACCAAGGCUUCUCCUGCCCUACCCCAGCCACGCCCUCUGCUGCGGAUGCAGCGGUGCAGCGACCGGAGGAGCUCUGUGCUGCCUUCUGCGGCGUGAGUGCUGCGGAUCCCCCGUGCGACGGCCAUGGCGUGUGCUACCUGGAGGGCCCCAGCAGAGUGCCCACGUGUGACUGCGAGUCUGGGUUUGUCAAUGGGGAGUUUCCUGGAAGCUGCAUCGCUGAAGGCAGCGAAGACCCAUUAAGUGUGCAGCCGACAGCAGCACAGACAGCAGUGAAAGGGGGGGCUUCAGUGGCAAACGACGGGCGCAUCACACUUACAGCCUCACAUCUGAACACGUGGGGUGCAGCCUUCCUCCAACUGCCCAUCCCACUCUUCUCCUUCUCCCUGAAAGCCGGUGCCUGCGGCCGCCCCUUGGCCUUCACCGUCUAUUUCUCCUUCUCCAUUCUCAAACCGGCCACCCCCAGCAGGGCAGCAAUGACAGCAGCAGGAGACGCAGGCGACGGAUUUGCGUUUGUGAUUGCAGCCACUGACGCUGCUACAGGUGGUAGUAGUGGCAGCGGCGACGGCAGUGGUGGGGGCGGAAGCUUGGGGUAUGCAGGUAUGGAUGAGCGCAGCAUUGCAGUGGAGUUUGAUACUGCUAAGAGCACCGACGCCAACGACCCAGACAGCAACCACGUGGGAGUGAGUGUGAGGGGCAACACCUCUUCCAUCGCAACUGCCAAAGCGCCCUUCACUCUCAACGACGGAAAGCCAAAGCAAGCCUGGGUCGUCUUCGAACCCUCUCCUUCCUCCUCUGGCGGUGCUGCUAGUGGCAGCGCUACCUAUGGCAGCAGCAACAGCAGCGGCGGCGGCACGGGGUGGCUGCGGGUGUUUCUGUCGGCCAGGGGGUCCCCUCGACCGAGCAAGGCAGUGCUGGCGAUGCAGGUGUCGCUGUGCGAGUUCCUGCAGCCUACGGCAGCCGAGGCAUCGUUCCUCAUGGGCUUCACUGCUUCCUCCUCUGACUCCCCUCAGCAGCACUCCAUCCUUGAGUGGAACAUUACCACAGGUCCUUACCGCUGCUCAAUGCUGCUCCCUGCUGCCACUCCCUCCGUUCUCCUCUACUCCCGCGUGCUUAUCGCUUCGGACUGUUCUUCUUCCCGUACUGUUGUCUAUUGUCGCCAGCAGUUUGGGUUCCAGUUCAGCGAGGCAUCGCUGGCACCAGUGGGGGCGAACCUGUUUUUCCGCUACGCCAGUGCGGGCGUGCAAGCAGUGCUGCCAGCAGGCACAGCAGGAGCGGAAGGGGGAAGCGGCAAGGAGGAGGAGGUGUGGGUUGUGAGCCAGGCGUUCUCCUGGACCGACCAGGGGCUUUCUUGGCCUGUCCAGAACCAAGGCGCCUGCGGUGACUGCUGGGCGUACGCGGUGGUGGGCAGCAUAGAAAUGGCAUACGGCAUUCUCUCCAACCUCACCGUUGUGCCACACCUCUCCGUCACCCAGCUGCGCAGCGCCCUCGGCGCCUCAUGCUCGCAGGGCAACUCGCCCUCCCAGGCCUUCCAGUACCUCGUCACUCUCAACGCCAAGAGCAAAGUGGGGCUCACGGAGGAUGGCGGGACCGGGGUGGUGGUGAGCGGGGGCGGGGCCACGAAGAGCAGCAGCCAGAGCCCGCUCUGUAGCAUGCCCAUCUUUUCUCUGCUCGCACAAGCGCUUGGGAUCUCCUGCGGCAAAGGCCACACCCCUGGAACAAGCAAGCCAUCAAGGGGGGCGUUUAGAGUGAACGGGUUUGAGCGCACGUCAUUCCACGGCUGGUUUGGGCUGCUGCUGGCCGUGCAGCGACAGCCCGUGGUGGUGCAUGUGCAGGCCACCGUCCCCUCUUUCCUCGACUAUGAUGGGCUAUCCAAGUACGCGGACCCCUCGUGCUUCACGUACAACCUGAACCACGUGGUGCUGCUGGUGGGCUAUCGCCUCACCGGCUCAGACCCCACCUUCCCGCACAUGGCGCCGCCCUUCUGGAUCAUCCGCAACUCAUGGGGCCCGGAGUGGGGCGACGGCGGGCACAUGCGGAUGGACAUCCAGGGGGGCGACGGCGUGUGUGGGAUCAACACGCUGCCUGGGAUCUACCCGGUGGUGCGCGCUGCCAAGGACCCCUGCAACGUCAACGGCACCACCAGUGGGGUGUUUGGGCCGCUCUUCAACCCCUGUGGCAACUUCACGUGCACGCCCACGCCUGAUGGGGCCAGCAACCACUGCGACUGCAACGACCCGCGAUUCGUCGAGGCGCUUCAACCGGACAACUCGCGCACCUGUGCUUACAAGGACGCAUGCGGGACAGCGGUGCACAAUCCAUGUGCAGUGGGCACGUGUGUGAAUGAUGGCAAGGGGUCGUACUCGUGUGUGUGCCCUCCUGGCUUCAGGCAGGGCACCACUGUUGAUGGCACCUUCUCCUGCGGUCCAGGCGACUCCAGCAGCAAGUACACGGUGGUGUUGGAGGGACUCACGUGUGCCGACAUCCACCCCGUCUACGGCCUCACUCUCGCCCACCUGCAACAACAAAAUCCCGUGAGCAUCGUGGGUCUGAGCUGCAGUGCUCCUCUCGCUGUCGGCACGGUGGUGAACGUGGUCCAGCCAGCCGACCUCACGCCCUGCUCCGUCUACUACACCACGUCUGAGGGCGACACAUGCGAGUCACUAGCUAAAUACUUCUCCCUCAUCGGCAACUGCUAUGAGCCCUGCGCAGAGGCCUUCCAGGCGCUCAACCCCGGGCUGGACUGCUCCGGCAGCGGGGAGCUGGUGGGCAGCCAGGCGGUAUGUGUGGAGCGGCGGGCGGAGAGUGCAGCGGCACUGCUCAUCCCGGUGUGCUCGCAGUUCUAUCUGGUGCAGGCCGGGGAGACGUGCGACCAGAUCCGCUCCGUGCCCUCCCCGCCGCUCUCCCCUCUCGAGUUCUUCCGCCUCAACCCCGGCAUCAAGUGCAGCCGCCUCGUGCCCAAGACUGACGUCGGCAGCCUCACAGGCUUCGAGGCGUGCAUAGGCAGCUCGUUCAGCUUCACGCAAGGAGUGUGCCCCAAGACUCGUGCGUACGUGGUUGGGACUGGCGACCGCUGCACUGGCCUGCAGGUCAAGUACUUCCGUGGAAUCAAAGGGUGCUACAGGAAGACCAACGGCUACGAUUGCAUCGAUAAGCUUGUCAAAUCCACCAGAGUGUGCAUUCCGGACCAAGUGAAGAUCAAGGCCGGGAAGUACCACCUGUCGCCGCUGUCAAGAGGAUCAGCCAAGGUGGGGUGGGUGUCGGUGCUGGGGCUGUCCAUGGCUGCUGGCUUGCACACCACUGCGCUUGUUUCCGAGGGCAUGCAGGUGGACAGGGAGGCCAUGCUAGUGCCUGCCUCAGCUGCAUUCAACGCCACCAAUGCUCCCUGA